UGAAACCUUUCUCACCAAAGCGAUGACGAAAAGUAGAGAAAUUAGUAGAAAAAAAAUGAACUCCUCUGGCUGAUUAGGGCAUUGUUAGGUGAGUAAAGUUGAGUGUAUAUGAAAAUGUUGAGCAGACAUAGAUUGUUUUCUGGUUUCUUUCACUGUUUUUUUUUUUUUUUUAUUGAAAUUUCAAAUGUGUUUUUCUUGAACAGGCAUGCUCUAUUCACAGCUGCAAAAUGCAGAAUCUGACUGAGCUUUCUCCCAAUGCAACUUCUCCAAAAAGCUUCUCUGUGAUUAUAAAGGUCUGUGUGGUGAUCCCAUUUUUCUGCAUCUUUCUGUGCUGCAUUGCUGUCAUGCUACAGAUCUUUGCCUCUCAGAGGCAGUUUUUGGACAUUUCACGUUACAUCCUAUUUGCACACAUGUUGAUCAAUGACACUCUUCAGAUCCUGUCCUCUGUGCUGCUCUUCCUCUUUGUGAUGGGUCAGGUGAAGUUUCCCCUCCUGUUCUGUGUCCCUCUGCUCUUUGUGUCCACCGGUACCUUUCAAAACACCACCCUGAUAUUGGCGGCCAUGUCUCUGGAGCGUUACGUUGCCAUUUUCUACCCCCUGCACCGCCCGACCUCCUGGCGUUCUGACCGUAUCUGGAUAAUUAUUCUGCCUCUGUGGUUCAUCAGCUUCUUAUUCCCCAUCAUCGAGUUUUUUAUCGAGAAACACAAUCCAGCUUUAGAUAUCUUGUCUUCCAACAUGCUUUGCAAAGCUACUGUUAUUAACUCAUCCCCGAUCCAGGGACUGUACCGGCUUGCCGUGAAUGUGCUUUUCUUCACAGUGGUUGGUGUUAUCAUCCUCUUCACCUAUGUGAGGAUUUUGCUGGAAACCAGGAAACUGAGACAGGACAGAGCAUCAGUAAGCAAAGCCAUGCACACUGUGUUACUGCAUGGCUUCCAGCUGCUCCUAUGCAUGUUGGCUUUUACCAGUCCCAUUUCUGAAACUCUCGUGCUGCACAAAAAAUGGCCGGCUGAGGAUGUAGCCUUUUUUAAUUUCUUCUGCUUCAUGUUGAUGCCUCGCUUUCUCAGCCCACUUAUUUAUGGUUUCAGGGAUCAGAGUCUGAGGAAGCACAUUGGGAAAAUGUUCCACUGCUACGCACAUAAAAAUGACACCCUUUUCAAAUACUGAUUUUGCCUUCAAUUACAAUUGAACUGUCAGAGAAAUAAUAUAUUUUAGUUAUGUGCAAACAUAGUAUG